GAGGAAAUGAAAGUAAAGAAAACUAGACCAGAAAGUAAAAUAAUAAAUAAAAAAUAAAAGAAAGAACAAGAAGAUGCACAUGGCGUAAAUCUUCAAAAUCUGAUCUAAUGCAUACCUAUUUUCAAAGAGUAACUGGCGCAGCAAGGAUUCAAAACCCGAAGUUAUAAGCCUGAGCUCGUCGAGAUUCAGAAGAAUUUCUGCUGGGUGAGAGCUGAAUUUGGGAAUUUGAUCGGGGGGACCUGUUUGCGAAAAUUGGGCUUUGACAUUUUUGUAACAUUUGGGGAGGAAUAUCAAAUGCCGGAGGAAGAUUUGGUGGAGGUGAAGUUCAGAUUGUACGAUGGAACGGACGUCGGCCCUUUUCGCUAUUCGCCGGCGGCUACUGUUGCGAUGCUUAAAGAGAGGAUUUUGACCGAGUGGCCCAAAGAUAAGAGAAUUUCACCGAGGGUAGCAAACGACGUGAAAUUAAUAAGUGCUGGGAAAGUUUUAGAUAAUAACAAGACUGUUAGCGAGUGCAAGAUGCCAUUUGGGGAUCUACCUAAUGGAGUUAUUACAAUGCAUGCAGUAGUACAGCCAUCUUUGGCAAAAGUGAAAACAGUUGAAGCAACAAAAAGAUCUCCAUCUUACCCUCAAAUUACAGUUAUGGGCAUGGUUUAUUGUGAUAUCUGCUCCAAUAACUCCUUCUCUAAGCACAGCUACUACAUGCCAGGUGUUGAGGUGAGAAUAGAUUGCAUGUUCAAAGCAAUUUCACCAAGAACCACUGAGCAAAUAUCAUUUUCAGUCAACAGAACUACAAAUAGAUAUGGGAUUUACAAGUUGGAAGUACCUUCUGUUGAUGGGGUUCAAUGUGCAAGAGACAAGUAUUUUGGAAACUUAUGCAGAGCUAGCCUGAUUUCGACCUCGUCUUCAUCGUGCAAUGUGCCCGGUUUUCAGACAACAUCGGAUGAGAUUUCAGUAAAAUCCAGACAGGCCAACUUCUGCUUAUACAGCCUCAAUGCAUUGAGUUAUAGGCCAUCCAUGNGAAAAAAAAAAAAAAAGGUUGAUAUAAUUCAAGCCUAUGUUGCAGUUUAUUUGAGGCAGUGCGAGAAUUAG